CUUCACUUCCCCCCGCGCCCUGGCGUGUUUGGUCCCUUGUGCCCAUCCCGGAGACUCGAUGCGCUGCUCGUGCUGGAUACGGCAAGUGUCGUGCGGCCAUCACACCUCGAGGCUAAUGAAAGGGAGAGAGGGAGAGGCGGCGCGAGAAGGGGCAUGAAUGAGGCUGCCCAAUGGGUUGCACAAGACCCAUCCAGACCUGUCGGGUGCAUGCUCUGUCCACCGUCGCACCCGCGGCUUGCCCGUCUCCCUGCUCGCAUUUCUUUCUCGUCUGCUGCAGGGCGACUAAAUUACCCAAUGCUGGUGACGGCCCGCGCGAUCCGCAGACGGGCAUGGUGGUUUGUUUUCUCUCCUGCCUACCUAUCCUUGUCACUUCUCUCAAUCUCCUCCUUCGCGUCUUCUUCUCUUCUUCGACGUUUAGGCUUGCGUCAAAGCCGUUGCGCUCUUUCUUUGCUUGGCUUUGAUCUAGUCUCACCACUUCCUUCAUCCCUGGCUACUCUUCUAUCGCCGCUGAAGACGACAUUCUCGGACGUGCAAUCGCGGGCAUUGAUUCCAUUCCCUCGUUGCUGCGAGGACCGUUUGCCGUGCUCGAUGAAGGUGCAGCUAUGAACUCCCCGGUGAGCGCACAGGAGCCGGAGCACGACAAUCAACACAACCACGAGCAGACCCCCGAACCAGACCAACCCGCGGAACCCCGUCGCCUCUCCGCCCCAUACCAAUACCACAAUGCCCCC